AUCAACAGCAAUCACAUUUCCUGUCCCCAGACCACGAAUUUCCGACACUUAACUUCUUUCCGCCAUGACCAAACCAACAAUUCCGGCCCAGAGUAUUCACGAUGUUCUCAGCAAUGUCCUACCCAGAAUCGAAAGCCAUGUUGAAGCCCAAAGAUCCGCACCCAGCAAGCGCCCAUUCAUUUUAGGCUUAACCGGCCUCCAAGGAAGCGGAAAGUCAACAUGGACCGACGCGCUCGUACAAGCUCUGAAUGAUGAAUAUAAAUACAACACAAUGAACAUAUCUCUCGACGACCUUUAUCUCGACCAUGACGACCUUAUCCAAGUACGCGACAACAACCCCUCCAACAGACUUCUCCGAACUCGAGGACAACCCGGGACGCACGAUAUCGCGCUUGCGGUCGAAUUCUUCGACGGUUUAGCGAGGCCUUCGGAGAAAAUAAUCCCAUCGUUCGACAAGAGCCUAUUCAAUGGAGAGGGCGGGCGAGCGCCCCAAGACAUAUGUCGUCGCAUCCCAGCAGGCGUGACCGUCGACAUUGUCAUUUUCGAAGGGUGGUGUGUUGGGUUCCAACCUUUACAAGAAGACGAAAUCAAGCGUCGCUGGAACCACGCGAAAGAGGUCUCCACAGAAGGCAGCUUGAAACAGACGCUGGGAGAGCACAAACUAGAGCAUUUGCUCAAGGUUAACGAAAAUCUCCGUCAAUACUGCGAGUUGUUCAUGGGACCGCAAAAUUUCGACUUUCUCAUUCAUCUGGAUACAGAUGAUUUAGUCAAUGUCUAUGGAUGGCGCCUCGAACAAGAGCAUGCGCUGCGAGAGAAGAAGAAAGGGGCUAUGUCUGAUGAGGAGGUUGUGCGUUUUGUCAAGGGGUAUAUGCCUGCUUACGAGCUGUAUCUUGAUCAAUUACGAAGUGGGUUCUUCUCAGGUCAGGGGAAAAAAGGGCAGUUAUCUGUGGUUUUGGACGAGCGAAGGAAAGUUAUGGCAAUUCGUCUUGUUUAACGUUGUAUGGGUACAAGGUCCGUUGGCUGUGUACGAUACGGAGCCGUUUAUAACAUGUUUUCGUGUAUUAUCCAAGGCCCAUCAGCCACGCUCCAUAGAUCGUUCAUGAAAAGGUAGGAUGGAUCGGAGAAGGAGAAAGGAUCCUGUCCAAGGCCUUGGUUGAGUACGGCGUUGCUGUUCGCCAUGUUGCCAAAUAUUAGACCGGCUGAUCUUUGUGGGUUUGAGUGAGCGCCAUCGUUCAAGUUCAUGUCCAUCAUAUUACUUGAAUUACGGGGAGUCGCGGGUUCGGCUGGGUUAACACCGUGAGGGCCAGGGUCGGUCAGAGGUUCAAACUGUUGCGAACUCGUUGAAGGCGAAAGACCAUGGUACAUUGUAGGCCCAGUCUUGUGGAUGUUCGAAAAUUCAGAGUGCAUGCCCAUCGAAGCAGAUGGACGACUUUGAUGCUGAGACUCCGGUCUUAUUGCCCUCCCGGUAUCUGAAUGGCCGAGCUGUGAGGCGUUUCCAUCGAACAAAGCCCCUGCGGCGUUUUCGUGGUCUCUAUUGGACUGGUUCAUCGACAAGGCAGAUACCAUACUUUUGAUCCCCUCGAUGCAUGUUUC